CUUGAUUGAAAGGUGAAGAUUUACAAAAGGGCAUUAAAUAAAAUAAACUUACAAAAUAAAAGUAGAAAGGAAUUGAAGUUGAAAUUAAUAUAUAUUUAUAAUUAGAAUAUGAUCACGAUCAUAUUUAAUAAACUUAUCUAAUAAAGACAGAAUCAAGAGCAAAAUAGUGAAUCUGUAUUAUAUAAGCAUAAACAGUUGGAGGUAAUAUAAAAAUAUAAAUAUUUAUAAAAAAUAAGAAAAAAUCACAAAAUAUGGAGGGUAUUGUAUAUGUUUUGAGCAACUUACAAAGUGUGCAUAAUUAUUAUUGCAAAUAUACCGAGC